GGGUCUUCUAUACCGGUGAAUCCAGAGAGCACCAUCUCACCAACACCAUCCACAAGACCUCCUAAAUGGAAAGACGGAAUGCCUUAUGUGGAAACAAUGUUGAACUUCACUGGUGUGGAUUAUAAUGCCUCACUUUGGGAUACGAGCAGUGAUUUCUUCCAGUAUCAUGCCUACAAGUUUUGCAAAGAUCUGGAGAAAAUGAUUAUGCAGAGCUCUUGGAAGAAACACUAUUAUGACUGCAAUCUUGUCAAUAUGUAUCCACCACCAGAUGGCCAAUUUUACCCAUAUAUGAGGACUGUUGUCCAUAUCAAUUCCAACAUCGAUACUGCGACUGAGCUCGUCGAUAUAAUUAAGGACAAUGCUGACAAAUACGUCUUUCCUGAUGAUCUCGAAACGUACAGAGUAGGUGAUCUCUAUGUGAUACUUGAAGACGGUCAGUUUGAUGUCUACUCAUCACGAUAUGGAACAGAGACGGUUGAAUUUCCAUCGGCGACCUCCUUGUUCCCAAGUAUAUUUACGUCAUACAGUUUUAGUACACCAACAAUGACGUCAGGUGAUACGGAUAUACCGCCUGUUUCAACUAUAGUGAUAGUGUACAACGCUACGGCUGCGUUCAUUGAGAGUCGACUCAUUGACUUUACUUAUACACCUGAUUUGGUAGAUACCACAUCGGCAAGAUUUAUGUCUUUGGAAACACAGUUUUGUGAUGAUAUUGACAGCUUUUUUAAGUCAAGCUCGCUGAACAGAUUUUAUCAAAACUGCAAGAUAACGUCAUUUACAUCGGAACCCAAACUUUCGUUUGUCCUUCACUUCACAGCGCCGAGUGGAGAGUAUCUACAGUCGACUGUGCCUUCGGUGUUAAUACAAAAGUCCCCAAAGGUUCGAAUCGGGAAGUUCACCGUCCUUAGCAUCGGAGGUCUCAAUUUGUUGUAUGACGCUAUAGGUUUUACAGUUUCGGCAACAAACUUCACUUUUGGUGGCACACCUACACUUUCGCCCACUGGUACCAUCACAGUAACCUCAACGGCAAUCCCAAACGUAUACUCGGCGACACUGUUGAAUAUAUUCUGUGCUGUUGCUAGUAACAUAGCGCCAUACCUAGAAAACAAGAACUCAAACCAGUUUCGUACUCAGGAGAGACUGUUUUGUGAAGCUAUAAAAACUAUAUUUGCGCUAGACCUUAUGACACGUGAUGCAUACCUAGACUGCUACAUAAUGGAAUUCAGUUCGGACACAUCAACAGUACAGUUUCAUGCAACAUUUGCCAAAAACGCAACUGAAGAAUUCGGUAACGCUGCCUUAGACAUUGUCCAUCUUUUAGCUAAACAAGUAUCAUUCAAGCAGAAUGAACAUUUGGAUAUUGGUGGCGUCAUUUUGGAGAAAGAUAGCUGUAGUAUGAACGUUUAUCCUGUAAACUACACGGAUCCGCAGACGACAUUGUUCACCACACUCACACCAACAUCACAGAUUGUCCUGCCUACACAAGGAGUAGAUCACUGCUUAAGAAGUCCAUGUGAAAACGGGGGCACAUGUUCUGAGACAAUAGGCAAUUACAUGUGCCUUUGUAAAGCUGGAUUUACUGGGCGCCACUGUGAAAAUGGUAUGUAUAUUCCGUGUGCUUUUGUUCAUUCUUGA